AUGUUGAAUGGACGAAACCAAAUCCGCUUCAUUACAAUCAUUUUGUCACUAACAAUCAUCCUGAUGGUGACAAUGAUCGGAGGCUGUGACGGAUCAUUCGUAGCAGCAUGCAAUGGCAGCAAUGUGGCGGAGUGUGGCCAGCAGGUUAUUGAGGAUGAAGAGCAAGAGUUUCUGAUGGAUACAGAAGAACAUAGGCGGAUUCUGUAUGGGAAAAUAGAUAGGCAUCUCGUUGGUGCUUCUCAAAAGCCUCAUACUCCGGUUUGUAAAAACAACUGCUCCGGAAAAAAAAAAUAUAAUGUUAAUGGUCGGCCAUGCAGAACUUACGAUUUUUGUAGGUCAUGA